AUGCCGAACCCUAGCCCAGAUCAUUCGAUGGCCGAGCCCUUCGUUGAGGUCGACCCCAAGGGACGGUACGGCCGGUACAAAGAGAUGCUUGGCACCGGUGCCAUGAAGAGGGUGUACCGGGCUUUCGACAAGGAGGAGGGCUUGGAGGUUGCAUGGAAUCAGGUGAAGCUUAGGGCCUUCUCCAGUGACGAGGCCAUGCUCAGGCGGCUAAUGGCAGAGGUGCAGUUGCUGCAGCAGCUGAGGAGCCCGAACGUGAUCGUCGCACACGGUUCCUGGCUGGACAAUAAGAACGGCGGCACACUCAACUUCAUCACCGAGGUGUGCUCGUCCGGGAACCUCCAGGACUAUCGGAAGAAGCACCCCCGGGUGUCAGUGCGAGCCCUCAAGAACUGGAUGAGGCAGAUCCUUAAGGGCCUUGAGUAUCUCCACACCAACUCACCCUGCAUCAUUCACAGAGAUCUCAAUUGUAGUAAUAUCUUCAUCAAUGGCAAUACUGGACAGGUGAAGAUUGGAGACCUUGGUCUCGCAGCAGUGGUGGGGGAGAACCAUGCAGCCCACUCCAUCCUCGGGACGCCGGAGUUCAUGGCGCCAGAGCUUUACGAGGAGAACUACACAGAAGCCAUAGACAUAUACUCCUUUGGGAUGUGCAUGCUCGAGCUUGUGACAAUGGAGAUGCCCUACAGCGAGUGUGACAGUGUCGCAAAAAUCUACAAGAAGGUGUCUUCUGGAGUCAAGCCUCAAGCCCUAAACAAGGUCAAAGACCCCCAAGUUAAGGGCCUAAUUGAAAAGUGCCUUGCCCACCAGUCGCAAAGGCCCUCGGCAUCCCAGCUCCUCCGUGACCCCUUCUUUCGUGAUCCUAAUGACGACGAAAAAAAUUACACUAGCAGUCUUACUUUAGAGCAUUUGAUGAUUUCUAGAUAA